AUGGCUGAAUCUGCCAAAACUCCGGCAAUACCCAUGAAGAGCAGAUCCCACCAGACACUCGCUUGCCUUCAAUGGCCAGCUUGUGACGCAAACUUCCCUAAGUUGAACAAGCCGACAUACUACACGUUUAUUGAUGAACCCGACGCUACACUUCUUUCGCACGGCUUUUAUGACGGUGCAUAUGUGAACACACUGUCCCGACUUGAUGAAGUUUUUGGACAUUUGAUCAGUGAAAUGGAAAAGCGUGGCCUUACGAAGGAAGUCAACAUCAUAUUGACAUCUGAUCAUGGAAAUGAAGAG